AUGGGGAACCCCCCGACAAAAAUUAUUAUUGUCAGGCAUGGCGCUCGACUGGAUGCGGCCGACAAAAACUGGCAUCUCACAUCCCCCACUCCCUACGAUCCUCCUUUAUCCUACGGUGGUUGGAUCCAAUCUCGUACUCUUGGGGCACAAAUCAUCACCUUACUGCAGUCCUCGGAUGAUGAGCCCUUACCUCAGGAGAAAGAGGAACAUAAGUUGCCGUCCUUUCGCCCACAGCCCGCAAGGCGGAAACGAAGAGUGAUCAUUCACUCGUCCCCCUAUCUUCGAUGUUUACAGACUGCGAUCGCAGUAAGUUCGGGGAUUAGCCAACACUAUCCGGAUACAGACAUUGCCUUGUCGCCGAAACCCCCGGCGAUCAACUACCCGAGAAGCCACUCCGCGGGCAAUGGCAGAGUGUCAGUCCACGGGUUUAAUGUUAGCACGGCCGUACCGAAUAUAUCUGCCAACGAUCAUCGCUGUCUUCUACGUGUGGAUGCUUGUCUAGGAGAGUGGCUACACUCCGGCUAUUUCGAGGAUAUCAGCCCUCCUCCCAAGUCUGAGAGGAUGGUAGCAGCUGCCAAGGCAGAGCUACUGAGGCGUGACAGUAUUGUUCCUGAUGCCGAUAUUAAUUCUAGGCCGUCUGUCGGGCACUUCCCUGGUGGAUGGGGCAGGAGUGAUAUCCCUCGUCUCCCGAGCAUGGAGGAAAAGGAGGAGCAGACCAAACCAUCGCCCGACUCAGACAGGGGCGGCCGCAGAGAACAAAGGAGCCGCGCGGCGAGUUACGAUUCGAUGCAGUCAGCCGACACACCAGUCACCCAGAGAAUUCCCGGCAGGAUAGAUACCAGCCUGUCGCCUAUCCCCGACGGACUGUAUGCCCCUCCAACACCCAGCUAUGCUAUAUCCCCUUCGGAACCUAUCCCAACUGGGUACGUCUCUCAUGCCCGUGACGCCUGCGUGAUGAUCGAUUAUCAGUGGGAUAGCAUGCGCGAACCGCAAGCCUGGGGUAGUGGGGGCGAGUAUGAGGAGGAGUGGAGUACCAUGGAUACCCGCUUUCGUGUCGGACUGGAGCGCAUGAUCUCCUGGUACCAAAAUCACGACCUAUCCAUACCCUACAACAGGCCCCGGCGUCAUUCACAAUUGUCAGAUAGCACCGGGGAUGCUAGCGCGGCGGGUGACCGCGAUGAAUCGAUCGAGACGGUUCUCAUCAUAGUGACUCACGGGGCCGGGUGUAAUUCGUUGAUUUCCGCCAUUAAAGGGGAAACUACUCUCGUGAAUGUUGGGACGGCUUCCCUCACCUUAGCGGUUCUUAAAGAUGGCGACAAAUCAGCCACCAAGUCAUCUGCUGUUGGUGGUCCAGUAAGCUCACACGAAGCAAAUGGCGAUCAGUCGGUGUUACAGAACUAUAGUUUGCAAAUGGUCGCAACGACCGAACAUUUGCGGCACGGGGGGAACCCGACCAUGUCCACCCUAUCCUCUCCUACGGGUCUAACAUCCCCUUCUGUCCCCUCGUACCGUCACCGUGGCCUAUCUCGAAAUUCCAUCUCACAAAGUUCGUUUGUGAUCGGGCCCUCGACAACGUCGGAUACUGGAUCCCGGGGGUGGACGAUUACACGCCCCUCCACUGCUUCUGGUGGCCUCUGGGGUUCAAUCUCAGCAAGCAAAUCGAAAGAUGAUAUUAUGCCAAACUUUGGGGAUUCCUGGUUGGGACAAGCUGCCAGUGCAGAAAAUAGUAACGGAACAAUAUCAGAUAGUACCUCGAAUCAGCCCAAACAGUUACCCCAAAGGACCUUGUCUCAGCGUGGACUUUGGGGAAGUGCGCCGUUGAAUAAAGACGCUGAGUCGGGCGUUAAGCGGCGUUGGACAGUGACAGAACGACGAAUAUAA